ACCGUUUGACAGCUCGUUUUUCCAAUCAGCAUAUUACAUCCAAUAGAGGCGAUGAAAGACACUUAAACAUGCUGUAGACCGGUCUAUCACCUCUUAUUAAUAGAGUUACGUGGGAGCACCUGAUCCAUUUGUAAGUUCUGAGUCUUCUGACAUAUCGAGCACUGUGGUUGACUCAAUGCGAUCACGGACUCGAGUCUCGACACGGUUCUAUGCGUUCAUCCAUCAUCCGCAAGCGCCGAGUUCAUGACUCUACGUAUCGUCCGAUCCCCAACUUGUGUCCUUAUGAAAUAGCAUUGUAAGCCAAUUGAAGUCAGCAUCAUCCGUUAUCAGCGCUUCGACCUCGUAUGCUGGCCUCGAUAUUUGCGACCAUGUAACUAUAAAUACAGGGUCAGUCUUGCUGUCUUCAUCCAGCUAAUCCACCAACCAUGUACGUCCCUCCGUUCGAUACCACCUCCUACUCCACCACCACCCAAUCACCCAAUCCAUCCUGGACCUAUGGCCAGAGAGUCGACGCCACUCCUGCUGGAAAAGACUGGCUUGCAGGCGAAUCUGCAGGCUGGAAAGUCUACAGCACAGCAGAAAUGGACAAGACCAAUCUCAACAAGCUCUUGAAUUCAGGCGUUGUACCACGCCCCAUGUCACUCGUAUCCACGAUCAGCGAGGAUGGCGUAGAGAACCUGGCACCUUUCAGUUGGUUCAACACAGUCACCAACUACCCACCUGUCAUCUCAUUCGCGAUCAACCACAAUGCUACGGGCAGCCUAAAAGACACGACCGCGAACCUGAAGAAUGGCCAAGGAUUCGCCGUGAACAUCAUCAGCGAGGCAUUCGUUGAGAAUGCAAAUUCGACUGCCGUAGACGCUCCUCCCGAGUUCGACGAGUGGGCUCUCAGCGGUCUGACAAAGGAGAAAUGCGUGCAGAUAAGAGCCUCGCGCGUCAAGGAGAGCGCUUUUAGCAUGGAAUGCGAGCUCUACCAAUCGAUAGACAUCACGCAUCCAGUCACAGGCGAGCACAACAGCACGCUCAUCCUCGCGCACGUCAAGUACUUCCACGUGCGCAAAGACCUGCUCACAGGCAGAGGUGCGGUCGAUCUCACAAAAUUCAAACCUGUCGGGCGUGUGGGCGAUAUCUCAUAUGCCCGGGUCGGAGAUACAUACAGGAUCCCUGUGCCUUCAUGGGCGCAGGAGAGGGCGAAGAUACAGGCAGCAUUGAAGACCCUCGCAUCACCAUAAAAUAGAACGAGGGUGGCUUACCAUUCUGGGGAACACAUACCAUAGAUCAUAUAGAUAUCAGCAUCCAGGUGGGGUAGAGUCCGUCGCUAUUUCUUAUCCCUAAGAUAGACCUGUAUAAUUGACUAGCAAGCCGUACUUUUUACAUUAUAAUGAUCAUG